AUGGCAGAAGAACUAGCAAAUCAAUGUUCAAAAUUACGAUUGCACGAUCAAGAAAACGAAUUUGUUGAUGUUGGUGAAGUGGAGGACGAUGUUUCUGAGGAACGAAUUGCCCUAAUGCUGGUAGGGCGAUUAAUUACCGAUCGAAAUUAUAAUCUUGAUGCCUUUAAGCGAACCAUGACACAAGCAUGGUCGUUGGCUAGACGAGUUGUGAUCCGUGUCAUUGGAGCAAAACUGUUUGUUUUUCAAUUCUUCCAUUGGAAAGAUCGUGAGAAGGUCCUUGAAGGGCGACCAUGGUGCUUCGAGAACAAUUUGCUUGCUUUAAGUGAGGUUGCAGGGAAUGAGCAGCCAUCAGAUGUUAUGCCAAUGCAUUCUCCUUUCUGGGUAAGACUUGAGAAUUUACCCUUUAAUCGACGAUCUGAUAAUAUUGUUAAAACUAUCACAACAUCCAUGGGAGAACUUUUAGAGAUUGAAAACGAUGAUUUAGGCCUUGACAAAUAUAGGAGAGUCAAACUAAACCUGGACAUAUCGAAACCUCUAAGGCGUUUUGUUAAUAUGAGGGACAAUGAUGGACGGGUUUUGAGAAUUGAUCUGAAAUAUGAAAGGAUGCCUUUCUUUUGUUUGAUGUGUGGAGUGAUGGGACACAGUGAACGUGACUGUCUGAAUUUGCCGGAAGAAGAGCAGAAUCAGGGGCUGGGCUGGAAUCUUCGACUUCGAGCAACUCCUCGCAAAGGGAGACAUAAACUGAUGGAGGAAGUAGAGGAAGUCAAAGCUUGUAGAAAGAUACUUUUUAUUUCCAAACCAGAGGCAAAGAGUGAAAAUAAAGAAGGGGAGGGAGCAGGUUUGAUAUAG